GGACCAACUCUAUUUUAGCAAGUGGAACAUACUUUCUUUUUCUUCUCCAAGAGCUCCGGAUUAACCAGCCCCACGAAGGAAUUUAGGGGUGCUGCUGUUCUGCGCAUGCGUCUUGCUUCUUCUGGAGUUUCGGCCUGUUCCGCGACCACUCGGUCAUUUUCGCCUCUUUGUUACAUUGAUAGUGGAUUUAACUCGGAUUCAACCCAAACAUCCAGAGGACUGUGCGGCUCUCUAACAGGCUUUGAUGAGAGGCUCCCCAUGAUGAGCAGCUAACGCUGUCGGCCACACAAGCACAGGAAGAGUCGUGGCUGCUGCUUCAUCCACAGUCCACGCAUGGCGGUUUUAGGGAACCCCGACAUGCUGACGAGGAAGAUAAAGCUGUGUCACAUCAACGCCCACAUCACAUGUCGCCUGUGUGAGGGCUACCUGAUUGAUGCCACCACUGUCACAGAGUGCUUACACACCUUCUGCAGAAGCUGCCUUGUGAAGUAUCUGGAGGAGAACAACACGUGCCCCACGUGUAGGAUUGUUAUUCAUCAGAGCCAUCCACUGCAGUACAUCGGCCAUGACCGAACAAUGCAGGACAUCGUCUACAAGCUGGUACCGGGACUUCAAGAGGCGGAGAUAAAGAAGCAGAGAGAAUUUUAUCAGAAGCUGGGGAUGGAAGUUCCCGGAGACAUUAAAGGGGAGCUGUGCAACAUGAAGACUCAUCUAGAUCAGCGCAACGGUGAGGCGAAGUCAGAAGAAACGGCAAAUAAAGAAGCAGGAGAGGAGAAACCGGAGGAGGACAAUGACUAUCACCGUAGUGACGAGCAGGUCAGCAUUUGUCUGGAGUGCAACAGCAGUAAGCUCCGUGGUCUGAAGCGCAAAUGGAUCCGCUGUUCAGCACAGGCCACCGUCCUCCACCUUAAGAAGUUCAUCGCCAAAAAGCUUAACCUGACAUCGUUCAACGAGCUGGACAUUUUAUGCAACGAGGAGAUCUUAGGAAAAGACCACACUUUGAAAUUUGUUGUUGUGACGAGAUGGAGAUUUAAGAAAUCCCCUCUCCUGCUUCAUUACAGACCCAAGAUGGACCUGCUGUAGCUACAGCGGACACAAUGGUUGUUUUAUUUGGAUCUUUUUGCCGGCUCACAGGCCGUGAACUGUGCCGAAACUGAAUACUUUUUUUAAUUUAUGCAAAGACGAUCAACGAACACCAAGCAAACACCUGACAGUCAACAAAAGCCAGCAAAUCUUCAUCUAGAAGGGACCCAACCUGGCUGCCCUCCAGCACAGAAACUACUACUCCACCGUGGUUUUAGCAACUAAAACAACCAUUUUUUUGUCCGCUACAUCCUACAUAUGUGAACAAAAAAAAAAAAAACAACUGAAAAUUAAAUAAAAAAAUGGAGAUAAAACAUAUAUUUAUACUUUUGUACAGAAGAGACAUGAAUUAAGACACUACUGGUGCUCUGUUUACACACAAACAAGAUGUCGGGAGUCAUCUGAACACGUUUUUGAGCUUCAUCCUCCUCUGAUGAAUACAGGAGAAGAGGAAUGUCUUUUUUUUUAUAUAUAUAAAUAUACAUCAAAUGUGUCUUUUCACAACACACUCGACAUGUCCUGGGAGCACAGAAAAUUUAUGGAAAAGUUCUAAAACAGGCAUCAAUUGUCCAGAUUCCUUUUUUUUUAAUUGCAUUUUGUUUAAUUUGCUGUUGAAUUCCAGAUGAUUGUCAAUUUGUGAAUAGGCUUUGUUUGUGUAGUAAUUUAUGUUCUAUAUACCAAUAUUGUACAUAAAAUGUCAUUACAGAGAGACUGAAGAGAGACAUUAGACUGUUAAAAAAACCAGAGUGGAUCCCUGAAGUGCUAUCUAUGAGGUGGACAACGAGCGUCUGCAGAUUAUAAACGAGGAUUUUUAAAGGCAGACUCGUAUCAGUAUCAAAUUAUAUAAAAGCAUCUUUAUGUUGACUGAGGAAGACACGAAACAGCUCUAUCAAAUCCUCUUUAUGUGUUUGUGGGCGUGUUGGGAGCUUAAAGGCAGAAAGAAAAGGACGACCUCAUCCUCUUCAUCUCAUGGAGAUUUUUAUUUUAGCUACAGAUUUCAGACGUUUGCCUGCUUAAAGACAUUUGGUCUCAGACGUUACCACACAGCCCUUAAUAUCCAUGCUUGUGUUCUUGCAGAUUUUUUAGCAGCAGCAGGAAUUUUACGUACCGUAAAACAAUUUGGGAGAAUUUUACCACAAAUUUACCAAAGCUGCAAAAACGAGGGUUUUGUACGCAUCGGUCUGACUGGGAUUGGUCUCAUACAGAAACUAAACGUACAUUUUGUUCAUCAGUACAGGUCUCUUAUGCUUUGUUACGUCUUUAAGGAGUUUUUCAGUCACGCCUCACUGCCAGCCAGAGGUGCAAAGCUGCACAGUGUUUCAGAGCAUUCCUGGAAAAUGUUCUUUUCACAAACUAUCCUAUUUUGAUUUAUUAUUUUGCAGAAUGAGCAGUGUUUAUCAGCUUGACAAAAUACAACUGUGCAAGUCUUUUUGAAAACAACGCACAUUCAGGUUUUUGCAUAGAAGCCGAGACUUUUUGAGCAUUAAAAUACUGAACUACAGAACAAAACGGCCAGAUUUGGGUCGAUUGGUGCUUCUAAAUGUAGGUUUGAUCAGAAAUGAGCAGUCUUUACUCGUGACAGCAAACUGACGCAACUAUUUGUGUCCUGACCUGUUUAACAGCAGGAGCGUCACGUCAGAUUUGUAUUACCUCACUUACUCGUUUCAUCUGUAAUUUGAUGAUUUCUGCACCAAAUCAGCUAACCAUGUGCAGAGUUUUUGUUCAUCCUGACAUCUUGAAAGUUUUUGGUGAAUUUAUUUUUAAUUUUCUAUUCCAAAGUGGUGGAAAAAGCCCUCCAUCACUGGCUGUGACGCCCACAUCAGAGCGUCACAAAACCAGCACAACCACAACUCCUUUUGCAUGCUCCAAUAUGGUCUUAAUACUCAGCCAGCAUUUAUGGGCUUUUUUUUUUAUUUUUUUUUUAGUACAAUAAAUUUAGUACAGUCUUAAAAUUGAAGAUUGAGGCAAAAAUGUCCUUGCUAGGUUCCUCGUUGGGGGUAAAUCCUGUUAGAUGAAACAACAAUCAUCCCAACAAUUUUAGACGAUUUAGAAGACAAAAAGCAAAUUGACUAUAAAAUGAAUAUUUAAAAUCCAACAAACGUCGUCCCAGACCAGGGAGGAGUGUUUGUGAAAAUCCUUUAAAAUGAAACACUGAGAUUGUUUUUAGGUAUUUGGUGCUUUAAGAAUCACAGCUUUACAGACAUUUUGUGUUUUCAUCAGAAACGGAAGCGUCUGGAAUGAAGCGUGUCAUCUCUGCUCAAAUUUUCAUCCAAUUCCUUGUUAAAUUAUCACGUCACAUUGAGCCUGAUCUUGAUUUAUUCUGUUUACUGUACAUCAGCUUUUCUCUCAGCUGAUGGAACAGGAAAACCCAACAUGGUGCUGCUUUUGUUACCACCACAAACUCCCACAAAGGUCCGCUACACUGAAUGAACAGUUUGGUGCUGAUCAAGAGGUCUGGCGUUUCAUUUCCAUGUUGCACACACAACUGUAUUGUUUCUAAAUCUUCACAUGGUCUGAUAAAAAAAAAAUCUGUGAAAGAAGAUUGUUGUUUUGAUGGUGGCAGUGUUUAAAGAUGAUCAGAUGUUCCCCAGAACUUCAGAACUGCCUUGAAUUGUUCUUUAUUUGGAGAAAAUCAGACAAAUUUAGGAAAAUUUUGACUAGAAAAGCUGCUGGAGUUGGAUAUCAUGUGAGACUCAAUAAUUGAAAAUAAUCUGUUAAAGUGUGUGGGGUUUAAAAGAAUUACAUUUCCACUAAGCCCCUUUUUGCUUUUCAGGUAUUAAACCUUCUGAUCUGCUCGACUAAUGGGAUGAAAACAUGGUCAGAAUUCCUGUCUGAUGCUUUCUAUGGUGCUAAUCAUUCCUCAUGCCAGAGCUCUUUAGGGAAGAGUCAGUGGGAGACAGAAAGGCAUUGUGGGAAAAUCUGCCUCCAUCACCUUAUUUUAACACCUUUUUGCUCCGCCCAUUCUGUCUCUGGGUGUCUGUCCUGUCGGAGCCGCCUCGCUGUGCAGAUAAAGGUGCCGUUUCUCCUCCGCCCUCCCGUUUUUAUUGAUUUGUCAGCUUCGCCCACUUGCACUGACUUGCUCAGGUUGGGAGAACCGAGGGAUUUUUGAACAAGUUAGAGUCUGACAGAGCUGAUGCUGUGAAAAAUACAAGAAAAAGUGGUGACAAAUUGGGUGUGCUAGCACCAAUUUCAUGGCUCAAAUAGAAAUCACACUUAUUACGGCUCCUUUGGUGAAAUUUUUGCACCUCUCAGUCAGAUUAAGACUUACUUCAAUCUUUAACAGAAAAUAGCUUCUGCAAGCCUGUUUAAAGUCCCGCACGGCUGAUUUACUUUCAGUUUCUGGGACUUUGUCUUAAAGCUCUUAGGAGAUCUGCAUCUUCACCUCAGAUGCACUCCGAACGGAUCAAUGUUCUCCUUUUCUAUUAGGACCAUCAGUGCUGCUGCGAGCUAAGAGGCUCACAGGAGGUUUUAGAUUCUGCUGCAACAUCAGUUCAAAGGUCUCUUGUGUCACCCUGACUAGUUAAGGUGCUUUUGCUCCUCUGUGCAGAUCCCAAACUCAGAAAUCACCCUUUAGAAACAGAAACACUUUAAACGGCUCCUUAAACAGAAAAUACUGAUUUGUUUUGGCCGAGGGGCCUCCUGGCUUGCAGCUGCCUGUUCUGAAUUGCUCAAAUCUUCUCACACCAAUAAGAGACAUGAAGUUCUGAUGAUAGUGACUGGUUGCGUUAUGAAUUGUUUCACCAGUUCAGGAUCUCAGUUACUUGUUUGUUAGAUUGCUGAAUAAUGUUUUGUUGAUCAUGAUCCAGAUGUCAGAUUGAUAAAUUGUAAUUGGGUUGUCAACCUCACUGAGCCAUAACAUCAAUCUGUCAACUCUUGUGUUCUUAUUGAUGCUAAAAUCUGUUUUUACGUCAUUUGAAUCCGGCAAGACUUUUGGGCUGAAUUCUCCUUUUUAACCUGCCAACCCAGGUGUUUGUCUUGUUUUAGCUUUCUGUUUUUUUUUUUUUAAUAUAAAAAAACAAAAACUGUGCUAAUCUUGACUGUGUGCUUCAUGAAUUUGCAGAGUGCAAUAUCCUUUUCUCAGAUGGCUCCAGGUUUCUUUGUGCAUUUUCACAGUUAGUAUUUUUGUUCCUUUUCCCUUUUUGCAGCCAGUUCCUCAGGUCACUAAAUGCCUUUCUGGUCCUGAAAGUGACCAGGACAUCUCAGAACAUACACUAAUGCACCCAAUAAACAAACAACUGGAUUGUUUUUACUUUUUUAUGUUAAUUUUUUUCCUCUGCAGGGUUAAAAGGCAGGCAUUUAUUCAGCGUCCUUUUAUACUUGCCUUCUUUUUAUUAUUAUUAUUAUUUAUUGAACAUGUAAUGAACUGAUUUCCACUUAAAUUUUUAAUUUGAUGAGUUUGGGGGUCUAAAAUUGGGCUGGAAUUUCUUACAAAAAUACAAAAGCUUUUUGUCAAACUAAGUGUGUAUUUCAUCAAUAAAUGCCUUUAAAAGUG